GACCAACUGAAGACACUGAUCGAGAAUAACCCGCGCUACACGACACGUGAAUUAGCAGAGAUACUGAAAAUAUCGAAAACCACUGUCCACGAUCAUGUAGCGAAGCUUGGUUACGUAAGUCGCUAUGAUGUAUGGGUUCCGCAUAAUUUGGCCGAAAAAAAUUUAAUGGAUCGCAUUUCCAUCUGCGACUCGCUGUACAAGCGCAACGAAAACGUACCGUUUUUGAAGCAAUUAGUGACGGGUGACGAAAAAUGGAUCAUUUACAACAAUGUAGAACGAAAAAGAUCCUGGGGUAAGCGAAAUGAA